UGUAUUUUGCAUUUAUACAGCCAGUAAAAAUAGCAUGAAAUGUGUAGGCUUUUUGCAGAAUUUUGAUCUCAGUACAUUUAUCAAUUAUUUAAAAAGUAAAUUGGAUUCAAAAACAAAGAAAAAUGACCAUAAAGAUCUCAAAACCAUGAACGAUGUUUCCCUAUAAUCCACCCUUUGCUACAACAAUUUCUUGCCUAGACUUUGCUAACUCCGAACUUUCUACAUUAUUACAUGGUAUGUAUUCAGUGUAUUCAUUAUUAUCCCCCUUUUUAGGCCCAGAAUUAUCAUAUCGUUUGUGAAUGUGGGAAAAGCUACAAAACCAAAGCUGGAUAUGAUAGACACAGGACCGCAAAACAUGGGAACACCGAAAGUGAGUCCGCUACACUGUUCACAACCAGCCUUCUCGCCGAGAUGGUGAACAGGGCUGUACAGAGUAUUAAAGAAAGGAAGGUGUUCAAUUUAAGCAUUAAGAAUGAGCUGACUGUAUUGAUAUUUGAAUUAGAGGAAAGAUCUGAUGAAUUCUUUUAUCUCAAAACAAUCUAUGAAUCACUAAGAAAGAAAGGAGAUGUUGAAAAGUUUUAUUCUAAUUUUUAUGGAACUGUUGCAUUGAAUGCCACCAAGUACUUCAAAGGACUCACACGAAAUGCAGCAACAUUGUUGGCAACCAAGGUGGCAGACACUAUGAUAGCAAACUCAAAAAAACAGAAGUUAUCUUCUGUAAGCAAUGAGUCCAUCCAUGAAUUGACAAACAAACAAAAGGCUGGGCUACAAUAUGUGAGCGGUUAUGUAUUGCAAAACUUGCACAAGAAAUAUUGUAAAGUUAACUCUAUUGAAAGCCAACAAGCGAUGACCAUCCUUAAGGCUGGAAAACUGGAUAGCAUGAACUUGAACACACAGAAACAGGAACUGAUUUCAAGCUUGAACAGAGGGGGGCUCUGGACAGUUACAUUGCCAGCUUUUAAGAUCUUUUUGAAGACUGAUGAAUAUUUCAGGCAAUCAACUUCAAAAGCUGGUUUACAGAGAAUUGACAUUGUUGGAAUUACCAAAAACUCAACUACAGACAGUGAUGUCUUGGCCAACUAUCAACUAAUUGUAUCCAAAGCAGACUGUGAUUCAUACAGUCAUGUCCAAAAAGAUGUUUUGCACAACAUUGUAAGCUUAUAUAUCAGAGUAAGGUCAUUCUCCUAUGCUAAAGAUAUUGUUCAAAAAUAUAAAAUCAAGGCAAAACAGCCCCUGCAGAGUGAGUUUGAUUCUUUCUGGGUCAGUCUCAGAUAUUGGAGCAUUAACAUGAGCAGGUCUUGACUGCCGUCGUUCCUUGGCCUUUCGACAACUACUUGUAGAGAAUAAGUAUUCUUGACAAGAUUCACAUACAGAGUUAUCACAAACAAGCAAACAGUCCUUCGCUCUCCAAUAACCCUUGUGUGGGAACUGCUCAUUAUUAUCCAAAUCCAAAUCUGGAUUCAAUGGAACGACAUGAUGGUAAAGUUUACUUGUCAUCUCAGAAGGAUUCACUCCAUCACAGACUGUAUAUGCUUCCAACUCUUUAACAAGCAUAGACAGUGUUACAUUUUGCAUUGAACGACGGUAUUUCAAGUACAGUUCAUGGACAUCCACAAGAAAUGACCCAAACAUUUUCACCGUAAACCC